AUGCCUAAGGUUGAGAGAUUGAACAGUACGCGCUCUCUUCGCUCUCAUCCAUACCCUCGAGACUUCCCGCAGGCUGAUGAUGGCGACUUUGGUGGCAACCAUGAGACUCGUCGACCCGUAAAACAUGUUUACCAACUCUUGAAUCCUGAGCCCUCUCAGGUCAUGCCCCUUCAAGGUAUAGUUCAGCGCGAGCAGUCCCCUUCUCUGCCUGCGUCGCCUGCUAGUGUACCUGUGAGCAGCUCAGAGGAGGAGGAGUCCGAUGAAGAAGAUGGGCACGACCACUUCGAGGACGAUGAAGAUGACCCUGUCGUGUUCUUCGAAGAGCAUCCAGAUAAAUUUGGUACGUUGUCGAGCUCUCCCCUCGAUUGGUGGAGAGGUGAGCUCGACAGUAGACCUGCCGUAAGAGCAGGCUCUUCAUUGCAACGUUCAGUUACAAAUGGCUUACAAUCUUUUCUGGGUGAGAGGAUAGCGCCAGUUGUGCGAGCGUCCGGUAGUCGCCUUCAUGCUGCUUCUCAGUCGUCUUUUUUUUCGAGUCAGCAGGGACAGGUCCGAGAUUCUCGGUCACGUAAUCUUUUCAGCGAAGACCCUUACAUCAUCCUAUUCUACGGCAAAGGAGACGAGUCCAGUCAAGACAGCAAUCUGGUCGAGAAAAUCACGAAUGAAUUUCUCGAGAUUCAGGAUGACCAAGCAGUGCUUCAUAUGGACCGUCUACUGGACUGGUGGUUGGCCCGGUUGACCCUGGAAGGGACAGCUUCAUUCCCUCGAAGGAUGGCCGAUUUCUUGCGUUUCGUUCGCCGACAUGAAAAGGUCGGAUUUUCGACCAACUCCUUUCCCGCGUUUUAUAAGGACUGCUGGGGUGAGCUUCGGCCCCUAGGUACACAUAAAUCCUACCCUGCCGACGUUCCAUGUCCUCGAACGGGCUGUCCUUGGAACGUUUACCCUGCAAGCGCGACACAUAUCGCUACUCGCAACGCAUGCAACCAGUUGCAUAUAGAUCCCGAUAAAAGCCUUGUUUUUGUCGUCUUUGCAAUCGUUGAGACUCCCAGAACUUUAUCAUCCUUGACGGACCAAACGCAAGCAGCAUCAGCUAAUCAAGACGGUCCUGAUAGCGCAUUUUACGUAGCGCCCAUAGAAAACUCUUAUCUGUAUACCUCGACCUCACUGCGACCUCCAGCGACAGCGUCAUGGACACGCAGCUACCGCAAUCCACCGCCCCGUCACAUGUGGAAUGCCGAGUUUGCCGACCUGGUUCUGAUUGUGCGCAAGCUUCAAAUGCGUCCAUACACGACUUGCUACAAACAUUAUGCCAUAGUGUGGUUCCAGCACGAGAUGUGCAGAGCGAUGGGUCUACAGGCAGCCUACGGAUCUCAAGGCGGCAUGGAUGAUGUCGCUGAUUGGUUUCGGGACCAGGCGCAUCCGCCAUCCAUGCUCCUAAAGGUGCAGAAAUCAACCAUUCAAAACUGGAAAGCCAAGGUUUAUUCCAACACCGAAAGCUUGUAUGUGAAGUUCAAGUCUUUCAUAGAGAAGGGAGGUCGGAUCCCAUCGGAGAGCGAAAGGCUCUACAUCACCGUGAAGGUCUGGGUGACCAAUGAUCCUGGCGCCAUGAUUGAGCGCGGUGGUUUCUGGACAAACGAGGAGUCUAUUGCAAUGAGUGCAAAGGGUUCAGGACACCUUGGUGCACUGACGGACGAACAAUUUGCGGCGCAGGUCUCGGCUCAUCUUAGAGCUGAUUCGACGUGGUGGAAGAUGUGA